AUGGCUGCUAAUCAGCUGUUUAGUUUUUUGUUCGAUGUCAACCUCAGCUGCUCGUGCGACAACAUGUGGCUAGCGUUCGACAGCAAACUCUCGGAGUCGAUAACUUCUUCAGUGCGUACGACCGACAACAUGAAGAUACCGCUGCUCUUCUUCCUCGACUACGAGCAAACGUGCACUUCUGACUGUCCGUACACGACGAGAGACGUUUAUUCUCUGCCUCAUGACGUGUUCGUGUCGACGAAGGCGUUUCACCACUGCCUCACUAGCGGGCGGUACACAGAUCAAGCGGUACAGCGGUACUUCAAGGAUAAAUGCGGGUAUGGAACGCUCAGACUCAGUCCGAACCAGUUGGUGAUGGACCACAUGCACGCGGAUUCUGCCGUAGUUUGCUCGAGAGAAGAUCUGGUCAAAGGUCCUCCGAUUUUUCAGCACUUUCAGGUAAAAAGAAAAUCAAAAGAUGAGCUUUCGGUAAACUUCCGUCUUCAUUCCUAUCCUCUGCCUGAAUUUCGGCUACUAACGGCAAAAAAAGGACAAAACGAAUGGACGGAUGUCCUAGUGACCCAAAAUGAAUCCCGAAAGCUGUGGCUUACGAAAACCUUGCGGUCAUCGGCGGACACCAUAACGGAAGGCCAGAUUCUCCUUCACAAUCAGUCGCCUGGCAACCGUUACAAGUUCAGAGCUUGCAACCCGGUCGACUGCGACUCCAUUCAUUUUGAACUCAGCCAAAGUAACGACUAG